AUGAAGUUUUAUUUGUGGCUAUCAAUAGCCUUGGCAUUUGUUGUAAGCGUUCAAGGUGAUGACGAAGGUGCCACCGCUGCCCCCGCAGAACCUGCGGCCGCCGCUGCCCCGGCGGAUCCGGCAGCCGCUGCUGCCCCGGCGGAUCCGGCAGCCGCUGCUGCCCCGGCGGAUCCGGCAGCCCCAGCUGCCCCGGCGGAUCCGGCAGCCCCAGCUGCCCAGGCGGACGCGGCGGCCCCCGCUGACCCGGCGACCCCCGCCGCCCCGGCGGCCCCAGCUGCCCAGUCGGCCCCGGGUGCCCCCACUGACAACGCUGCCCCCGCUGCCCCGGCGGACGCGGCGACCCCCGCUGUCAACGCCGCCACCGCCGCUACCUCUGUGAACGAUGACAACGAGGAAAAUGGCGAUGAGGAACAGGAGGACAUUAUCGAUGUGGUGUACAAGCCAAACACCGUUCCAGCAGAUGAUACCGUUAACCAUUGUGGAACCUGCUCGAUCGCCUCUAAAUCGGCAUUGUGCGGCUAUAAUGGACACUGUUUUGCCAUUUUCAAAAAUGAAUGUGCCAUGAGUCGACUGAAUUGCAAACUGCGCGAUGAACCAAUGUUUCUUCGAAAGGUCAAUUUCGGCGACUGCACUAUGACGAAGGUUAAGAAAUGCGCUCCAUGGAAGCUGGAAAAGAAAGCAGAAGAGGAAAACAAUAAAGCAUUUGAAUAUUCAAGGGCACGUCUUAAUAGAAGAGGACAUCGCAGGAGACAUAUUUUUGACUGAGCAAGAAUUCCUAUUGUGGUCAACUAAAUUGUAAUACUUAUAUAUGCAAGUAUGUAUGUUUAAAUAAAUCGUUUUGCGUAAUAUGAACUA